CUUCGCGUGUCAUCCGAUUUCGGCGGCAACGAGGGCAGUAUAGCUGAACUGGACGCCCUGUAAUGGCCAUCCAAAUCCUCUGGAAUGUUAUCACGUCGAUAAUCCCCAAGGGCUACUACUGGCACGCGGCCUUGAGCGUGCUCGCGAUCAUCGUCGUGCACGCAUUCACUCAAGGCCGUACGACGAACCGCGAACGGGACCUGCACGCUCGAGUGAUCCUAGUCACCGGCGGCUUCACUCCACUAGGCCUGACGCUCUUGCAGGCACUCGCGCAACGCGGAGCCCAUGUCAUUGCGCUGUCGCCUGAGCCCGUCGAUUCCUUCCAGACGGAGACUCUCAUAGAGAUACUGCGUUCUACAACAAAGAACGAACAAGUAUAUGCCGAAGAGUGCGACCUGUCCUCGCCGGCGUCCGUUCGGGCCUUCUGCACCCGUUUUCUGACCGGCCAGGAGACCCGGCUGGACGCUGUCAUCUUCGCACACGAGUACAAACAUGUAGGGCCCUUGUUUACCACUAAGAGCGCUGCAGAGGCUUUGGAACACCAACGGCAGUCUGGUUCAAUGGCAACGUUCCUGAUGACGACCCUCCUGCUGCCAUGUCUGCUUACCGCUCCAGUCGAACGCGACAUCCGAAUAGUCAACGUAGUGAACCCGUUCUACGCAGCUGCUGCACCUAUCUUCUCGCCGUCUGUUAUUUCCCCGCCAUCUCCAUCGAUUUUCUUACGUGAAGGCUGGCGCGCCCUGCGCAUGAUCAUUUUGACGCGCCACCUGCAGCGCGUGCUGGAUGCGCUCCCCUCGGGUGCGCAGGUGCCGACGACAGACGAGAGCAGUGCGGUCCCGGUCGUCAGCGACAAGCUGCAGCGUUCAAAUAUUGUCUCUGUAUCUGUUUCGCCUGGAUUCAGCAGAACAGAUACUGUUGCGGGUUUUCUCGGCGCUGAUGGGUCGUCGAAUCGUUCCACUUUUGGCCUUGUUCUAUACAUAUUGCUCCAGCCGCUUUUGCGCCUUCUCACCAAAUCCCCAACAUCAGCGAUGCAGACCAUCCUGCACGCGCUAUUCCUCCCAACACCAUACAAAGAACGCGCGUCAGAUGCGCGCCCGGAAGAAGUCCUGAAACCAGGCGCGCUGUACUCCGAGUGCGCGGUGGUGACGCUGCGCGUGCCGCCCUUGCCGGAUUCCGAGAGGGAGAGGCUAGGACUGAAGAGUGAUGGUGAGAAGGCAGUCGAGGAUGAUGGGGAGCUGGGCGGGCAAGAUGUAGGGAGGAUCGUAUGGGAGGGAUUCGAAGAGGCUUUGAAGCGCUGGGAGGCGAGCGCGCCAAAGGAAGACAAGUCUGGGAGGAGUACCCCGCCGGCUGUGGAUACCCCUACCUCGUGAGGUACAGAUGAUCUGGUCUACCUGAGGACAUUUUCAUCCUAUACCCCUCAUUUGUGAUACCGCGCAACAGCGUACAGACUAUGCGCAUCUAAGUGGAUCAUUAUAUUGAACAUAAUCUAAUCUAAUUACAGCGUGGUGCCGGAGCAUAGAGAAUGUUACGGCGAAGAGAAC